GCCACGGCUCUCAUCGCUCUCCUCCUCCGCCCCGCACCCCCACCCACCAGCGCGCAACCAGAGCAAACGACUUGCCUCUCCCUUGCAUGCUCCCCGUGCCGACCCCGCCCUACCCCAGCCAUGGCAAUGGACGACGUCGCCUUCACCGCGGGCUCCUCCUCGUCCGCCAUGGACGCGCUCGCCGCCUCCUCCUCCUCCUCCGCGCCCGCUGACCCCUCACACGGCUGGCAGAAGGUGACCUACGCCAAGGGCAGCAGCCGCAAGCCCGCCGCCAUGGCCUCGGUCACGGCCGCGGCACCCUAUCUGGGCAAGCCCGACAUCUUCGAGGGCAUCGACAAGCGCUCGCAGGAGCGCCACUGCAUGAUCCAGGCCGCCCGGGACGCCACGGUCGGCUACAACUCCGACGAUGCCAACGCCAACACCCACGUCCCCUGGGGCUCCCGCUCCUCUGACGAGGGCUCCGACUCGGACGGCGCGGCCAAGGACCGCCCCCAGGCCGAGGCGCCCAAGGUGAAGAAACCCAAGGUCACGGUCGCCGAAGCCACGGCGCUCAUCGACGCCGAGAGCCUCGUCGCGCACCUCGUCGACAUCUCGGGACGCUGUGGCUCACGGGGAUCGCGGGAUCCAUCGCCUACAACUGGUCCAGGCCCGGCAUGAAGACCAGUGUCAAGCUCAUCCACGCCAGCGUGGUGCCAAUGAUGGACUGGACAGACAACCACUACAGGACGCUAGCGUGGCUGAUAUCGAGGCACACUUGGUUAUGCAUAGAGAUGGUGGUCGCUGAGACCAUUGUGCAUCAGAAAGAUAAGUUGGCGAGUUUUUUUUGGUCUUUCUUGGUCCGGUGCCAUUAAGCUUCAUUGCUUUGGGAUAACUGAUUUCAUUUAACCUGACUGAUAUUAUGAUUCGUGGGGAUUAGAAGUAUUUGCAUUGAUUAUACUAGUCAAGCUGCAUCAAAUAUGGCAGUAGUAACAAAUGUACGAUAACUAUUUCGUCUGUACAAAUGUACAGUACAAUGACAUUUGCUUCCAAUAAGAAGUGAAACAUAUUUGAGAAGUGAUUGGGGGGGAGAUUCUUUGAGAGUUCUGCUGCAUGUUUCUUUCACUGGCGCCAUGGUACAACCCAUGUUAUGUCUGUCUGUUAGCAUGAUCGCGGAUGAGGUAACACGCCAAACUCCAGGACCACAGAAAUAGGGAACUCAUAUGAUAAUAAACUCUAUGCUAAAAUCGGUUUACUUCGCUAGUGAUGUGAUGCAUGAGUUGUGUGCUAAUUUUGUCUGCAAGUUGAAGUCGGUUUAGCUCCAUCAGCAAUGCCUGUGGAGUUGUGGCUGUGGUUGGUACGUACUAACUAAUGGAGUAGUGGGUAGCUGUGGUGUGCCCUGCUGUUGGAAUGGUUCCGAUAACUUGUUAGUAGCAUGUUCUAUUAGUUCCAGAGAAAAAGUGAAAUCCCAGCUCCGCCUGCUUCAUGAUCCUCUGGUUCUGCUUUUACCUGCCUACUGUCAUGUGAAUUGGCUAACUGUGGCUCAUAUUGUUUUCCCCAGG